GUCUGUUGAGAAAAGUAGUACACUACACCAUGCUCGCUAGAUUUGUGUGGUGUUUUUGUCUUUUUGAGCUGCAUUUGAUAGGCUCCACGUUAAAAAAUAUGUGACAAAGUCCUUUCCUUUCAUUUUUUGAUUCGUUCACCGCAUAGUCAUUACUGGAAAGUCACGUUAGCAGCAAGCUAGGUCAGGAACCGGAGGACCGAGUCACUGAACGGGAAGUGACAAAACUCAGUCUUGCCCCCUUGCCUGCACGCUGGCUGCUUAUUGGCCACACGUGGAAGUGAGUGACAUACGCCCUGAUUCUGUUUCGGGUCCCUCCCCUGCCCGCGAUGAGGCUGGCGUCUGAUUGGUCGUGUGCGAUGUCAGAAGACGCUGCCGCUUGCUCAACGCCCUCCCACGCAGUGAACAAGCACCAACUUCAUAGAACGAAUCAGUGCAGAUGGUGAUUAGUUCGGUCUCGUUCACCCAAACAAUUCGUUCAAAAAGAACGAAUCGUUCGCGACCGAUACAACACUACUUCAUAGAACGAAUCAGUGCAGAUGAUGAUUAGUUCGGUCUCGUUCACCAAAACAAUUCGUUCUAAAAGAACGAAUCGUUCGCGACCGAUACAACACUAGUCUAUAGGAGAAAUGAUAACGCUACAAUCACACUGUUGAUUUUUUCCCCUAUCAUGUCAAAAUAUAGAUUAAGAUGUAUAAGAGAGACAUUUUUAUCUUGAAAGAGAAGAUGUAAUGUGGGCUGUUUUUGGUUUUUACGUUUAAACUAGGCAGGUUUUACAGUGUGAUUGGGCUGGAGGCUGUCUUUCCCAUCAUGCAAUCCUGGUCGGAAAUGAAAAAGAUAUCGACUGACAAAAGUGGAACGUUUUUCUCCUCGGAUUUUUUUUUUGUCUUGUCUUUUCUUUAUUUCAGUCACUUAACUAAACCGAAGCCUCGACGACAUGUCCAGCACGAGCUACAUUACGGACUCAAACAUCAGUCAUCUUCAAGUCUCGGCAGUCGCUGUUAUGCGGCCUACAUUAGCCUAGCCUAGCCUAGCUGGCCUUUGUCGGUAAACAAUCUGCACUAUACCGGCCGCUAACAAAGCUACGUGGCACGUCGUCAAGCGUUCAGAAAUCAAGUGAGGAAAAUGUCCGCGAGGAUCACACCGGCUGCAGUAAAGUUCCAGGAGGAACUUUGCGGAGUAAAAGAGGAGCCUCCACGUCAGCAACACUCGAAUGUGUCCAAAAUAAUGUUCGCAAAGGUUGUUCUUCACAGACUAGAAGAUGUCAGGCUAGUGCAUCGUCUUGAACGCCAGGAGUGCGCUCGCAUGAAAGAAGAAGAGGAGGAAGAGUCGCCAUACGUCAAGAACAUGGAGGAAGAAUUCGUCCUCAUUAAAGAGGAGUGUCUCGUUAGAGUUGAGAACCCCCACUUUGAGGAGCAGCAGCAACGUUAUCCCCUCAAAAAGGAGGACGACGACCAGCUAUAUGGUAAAGUGGAGGUGGUGGACAUCCACAAGUGGACCAAUGAGACCUUGAAGGUUGAAGAUGGCGAUCCGAGUGAGGACAGCAGAGGGGCGGAGCUUCUGAGUGGCAGCAGUUCAAAAGAAAGAUUCCAAGCAGACAACCUCAUCGCUCGACCAUCAGAAAGUGACGACUUUACAUCACGCUCGCUGUUCUGUUUCAGAAGAUUUCUUGGUGCUGAGCCAGAAUCCCCUGGUGUAAAAGAGGAUGUUGAGCUCCCCCAAAUCAAAGAGGAGGAGCCAGAGCCCUGUCAACAGAAGGAGAGAGAAGAGCAACUUCCACUCAAAAAGGAGGAGGAGGAGCUGCCAUAUGGUAAAAAGGAGGAAGACGAGGCGCAUAUCACCAGUUCUACUGGUGAGCCCUUGAAGAGUGAAGAUGGUCUGAGUGAGGCCAGCAGAGCGGCGGAGCCUCCAAGCAGGGGGAGUAGCAUCAGCUCAACAGAAGGAUUGCAAGCAGACAUUUACAUUGCUCCAUCGGACAGAGAUGGCGCCAUGUCACACUCAACUUCCAAUGAUGAUGGUCAUAAGACAUGUUGUGGUGACGACAAACUCUGCAAAUGCUCUCAGGGUGGGAAAACCAAGAGUAACUUAAAUCAACACACAAGAACCCACACUGGCGAAAAAUGUUUUUCCUGCUCAGUUUGUGGUCAAAUAUUCCAUAGCAAUAGCACCUUAAAACAACACACAAGAACCCACACUGGUAAAAAACCCUUUUCCUGCUCAAUAUGUGGAAAAGGUUUUGUUCAGAAGGGAGACUUGACAAAACACACAAGAACCCACACUGGCGAAAAACCUUUUUCCUGCUCAGUUUGUAGUCAAAGUUUUGCUCAAAAGCAAAACUUAAUAAGUCACGAAAGAACCCACACUGGUGAAAAACCUUUUUCCUGCUCAGUUUGUAGUCAAAGAUUUGCUAAAAAGCAAAACUUACUAAGUCACGAAAGAACCCACACUGGUGAAAAACCUUUUUCCUGCUCAGUUUGUGGUCAAAGAUACGCUCGGAAGACAACCUUAUUAAGUCAUGAAAGAACCCAUACUGGUGAAAAACCUUUUUCCUGCUCAGUUUGUGGUCAAAGAUUCGCUCAAAAGGUAAACUUACUAAGUCACGAAAGAACCCACACCGGUGAAAAACCUUUUUCCUGCUCAGUUUGCGGUCAAAGAUUCAGUCACAAGAGCACCUUAAAACAACACACAAGAACCCACAAUGGUGAAAAACCUUUUUCCUGCUCAGUUUGUGGAAAAGGUUUUGUUCAGGCGGGAGACUUAACAAAACACACAAGAACCCACACUACCGAAAAACCUUUUUCCUGCUUAGAUUGUGGUCAAAGAUUUGCUCAUAAGCAAUACUUAAAAAAACACACAAGAACCCACACUGGCGAAAAACCAUUUUCCUGCUCAGUUUGUGGUCAAAGAUUUGCUCGUAAGCAACACUUAAAAAACCACACAAGAACCCACACUGGCGAAAAACCUUUUUCCUGCUCAGUUUGUGGUCAAAGAUUCGCCCAAAAGGUAAACUUACACAGACAUGAAAGAAACCACACUGGUGAAAAACCUUUUUCCUGCUCAGUUUGUGGAAAAGGAUUUGUUCAGGAAGGAGACUUGACAAAACACACAACCCACACUGGUGAAAAACCUUUUUCCUGCUCCGUUUGUGGUCAGAGAUUCACGCAAAAAAUUAGCUUGAAAAUACAAGAAUUCACACUGGAGAAAAACCUUUUUCCUGCUCAGUUUGUGGAAAGAGAUUUGUUCAUACUGGAGACUUAACAAAACACACAAGAACCCACACUGGCAAAAACCUUUUUCCUGCUCAGUUAGUGGUCAAGGAUUCGUUUGGAAGGAUCAGAAACACGUUUGUUUUGGUGUGACAAGCUGUGGCCAAUGAAUAUUUUACCUGUCAUAAAGGCUGGCUUCAUCAGAUUUUGCAUGGAGGACAAUUGUAUUCUGUAGAGCAGGGUUCACUAAAUCCAGACCUCGGUGUCACUUUCGGUGUCGUGUUUUCCAUGUCUCUCUCCCCCAACACACCUGAAUCAAAUGAUUAUGUCAUCAGCAACCUCUCCAGAAGCCUGAUAAUGAUCAUGAUUAUUUUGAUUCAGGUGUGUUUGAGGAGGGAGACAUGGAAA